CCCUUAAUUAAACGAAUGGAGGCAAGUGCACGCGCAAUAAACAGCUGGCGCUAUCCCUCCCCUACCUCCCAACCCCAAAGAGGUAUCGAGGAGGUCCCCUACCACUUACACCUCUCGCCGUCACCGCUUGACUCCCUCCCCUCUUCUUCGUCUCCCCUCCUCUCGCCCGGCGCUUGCCUACCCGAGCCUCCGCUGCGCGCCGUCCCCCAGUCGCCGCUCGGUCGCUCGCUCUCUAGCGGGUCGCCGACCGGCGGGAUGGCGUUCCACUACCCGGACCACGCGCUGGCGAUGGACGCUGCGGCGGCGAACCUUAGCUUCGCCUCCGGUGUUGGGGGCGUAGGAGGUGUGGGAGGGGCCGGGUGGGAGAGGGAGAAGGCGGCCAUCGCGGCGCACCCGCUGUACGAGCGCCUGCUGGAGGCGCACGUCGCCUGCCUCCGCGUCGCCACACCCGUCGACCAGCUCCCGCGCAUCGACGCGCAGAUCGCCGCGAGGCCCCCGCACAUGGCCGCGACGGCGGCAGGCGGAGCGAACUCGGGAGACGAGGAGCUCGAUCUGUUCAUGACACAUUACGUAUUACUCCUCUGUUCAUUCAAGGAACAACUCCAGCAGCAUGUGCGUGUUCAUGCAAUGGAAGCAGUGAUGGCUUGCUGGGAGCUUGAACAAACUUUACAAAGUCUUACAGGCGCAUCUCCUGGUGAAGGCACUGGGGCAACUAUGUCUGAUGAUGAAGACAAUCAGGUAGACAGUGAGAACAACAUGUUCGAUGGAAAUGACGCGUCAGAUGGUAUGGGCUUUGGCCCCUUAAUGCUGACUGAGGGUGAGAGAUCCUUGGUUGAGCGUGUACGGCAAGAGCUGAAGCAUGAGCUUAAGCAGGGGUACAGAGAGAAACUUGUGGAUAUUAGGGAAGAGAUAAUGCGGAAGCGGAGAGCUGGGAAACUCCCUGGAGACACAGCUUCUACUUUGAAAGCUUGGUGGCAAGCUCAUUCUAAAUGGCCAUACCCAACUGAGGAAGACAAGGCUCGCCUGGUGCAGGAAACAGGACUACAGCUAAAGCAGAUCAAUAAUUGGUUCAUCAACCAACGUAAGCGGAACUGGCACAACAACCACGCGUCAUCCUCGUCCGACAAAAGCAAGAGAAAAAGAAGCACUGCAGGUGAUGGCAACGCAGAGCAAUCUUGGUAGAUCGCGGCUGGAGAAGAAAAUAUAUGUGAAUAACUCUUCUAUUGUGAAGAAUGCCAAUGUAUUUGUUGCUCCGGGGACAACCCUUCGACAGGCCAUUCCGGAGCCCAAUAUUUAUAGCAAGACAUGACACAAUGUAAUAAUGUUGUAAUUAGUCGUGUAAACAAAAGAAGCUUGUAUAGUAACAUAAUAGAAACUAGCAUUCACGUUGGGUAUUGUCUAGUGUGCAUAUGUAAUUGUUGGGCCCGGCUGUCACUUUAUAACGAUGCGUGCGUGAUUCAAAUAUGUUUGACUACCAUGCGAUAUUGUAAUUUGUGGAGUAUGCGAUAUUGUAAUUUGUGAA